GUAAUACCAAACAACUCUUAUAUCAUUGCACGAUGAACCUUCGUUCUUGAUUGCUAUCCAAAGAGAUCAGAUCUCUCGGAGUCGUCUUCCUCCUAAAGUCACCAAGCCUACCUGACGGCUACGGCCCAUGACCUCUAAAGACGCCUCCUCUCGUGUCUUGAAAAUUCUCUAUGUCGUCGUCACUCUUCCAACUGGGACAGGUCCUUCGAGGGAGAUUGGGAAAGUACGUUAUUACAAAACAAAUCCAGGACACCGUCUGGUUAGCAAAGAACAAUGUCGAAGAACGCGUAGUCAUCAAAAGUGUAUCGGGCCAUCCUCGCGUCGAGAACGAACGAGAUGUUCUCAAACGCUUCCAGGGCCAGAGUCCUUACAUACGGCCCUUGAUUGACGAUAUUGAAGAAGCAUCUUUUCCACCGACCAUUGUUCUGAAGUAUCUCGACGACCACCUCUUGAACGCAUCAAUCAAGAAAACUCUCAAUCGAAAAGAACUCAAGUUCGUCUCAAAGCGUAUACUUGAAGCGUUGCAAGUACUCCAUGAAGAUAACUAUGUACACACUGAUGUCAAACUCGACAAUAUCCUUGUGAACUACAAAGAAGGCGAAAUACGCUUCUCAGAUGUCCAGCUUGGCGACCUUGGUGGGACGUACCGCGCAGAUUCCAAAUAUGCGACUUCCGGUACACCGGUGGGCGCACCAAUGUGGAGCAGUCCCGAAGUAAUCAUGGAAACUCCUUGGAACACGGCAACCGACAUAUGGUCUUUUGGGGCCGUGCUCAUCAGUCUCAUCUAUGGUGGUGACUUCAACCUUUUCCGACCCCGCACCGUGUCGCAUGAUCACGAGGAGUACGGCUUGGAGGUACUCAAGCGGCAGUUCAAAUAUUUCGGUCCGUUCCCCGAGAAAUAUGCAGAGAUUGCUAGCCCAGAGACGGUCAUGGCUAUAUUAUGGCUCAUGCAAGAGAUUCCGCAGUCGCAAACCACGCCAUUCCAGAGAACCGCGGAACAUGAAGUCUGUAAGAAGGACAAGGAAUUCAUUGGGAAAAUCAUGAUGAUAGACUGGAGAGACAGACCAACAGCUAAAGAGCUUUUAUAUGACGAAUGGUUUCGAGAGGAUGAAGAGGACUAGGGGAAAGGAGAGAGAGGGGGUGGGGGGGUGGUUGGUUAGGUAGGUAGGUAAGAUGGGAAGAUAAGAUAAGAUAUAUAUGAUGUGUAUCAUAGGUAGGGAAGAAAAGAAAACCGAAAAAAUAAAGGGAGAGGGAAUGCAGAUACAAAGGGGACUUCAGGGACAACUGCAGUAGAACACAGAUCCACGUGCACUCCACCGUUUCCA